UUAAUUAAUGAUUAGAUGAUGGAUUAGAUAAUUUUAAAAUACUUUGGCACAUUCUUUUUAAUGAUAGAAGUGUGCAUUAAUUCAUUAAAAAUCUCUAAAUCAGAGCCUAUUUGUUUGAUAUUUAUGACUAUUAUUGUAGUGCCUGGAAUGAAGUUGACUUAUGAGAAAAGAAACUUGCUUAGUAAAUAGUGUUAGCAAGUUACCUAAUUAAGAGAAUUAGCCAUUUUCAAGCAAAUUAUAAGCACUUAAUCAUAAGCAACAUAAAACGUGGGAGGAAAUUCUAAAAAGUAAGCCUUUUCAGUUCUCAUGUGGCUUAAAUUCAUAUAUUAAAAAUUGUACAAAACUCUUAAAAGAUACUUAAGAGAGGAGAACUAAUCUGACUAAUUUCAGAGUCAAAUUUUGUGUGUAUACAAUAUAUACUAACGUAUCUAUAAAAUAAAAGAGACUGAUUGUCAAAGUCUUUCAUGAAAACCAAUUCAAUUACUUGGGAUUUCUGUAACACUUUGUGCAGUUGCAUGGCUGUAAAGGCAACUACUACAAAUUUGAUUGUACAGUUUAACACAUUAAAAAUAUCUUUAAACACUUCCAUUUUCCUUUUCCUUUUAGUGAAGAUGAUGUCUGCGAAAGACAUGGUUAAGGUCAUGGUUGUCAUGUUUGCAAUUUGCUUUCUUGCAAAAUCGGAUGGGAAACCUGUUAAGAAGAGGUCUGUGAGUGAAAUACAGUUUAUGCAUAACCUGGGCAAGCAUCUGAGCUCCGUGGAGAGGGUAGAAUGGCUGCGGAGGAAACUACAGGAUGUACACAACUUUGUCGCCCUCGGAGCUCCAAUAGCUCACAGAGAUAGUGGUUCCCAGAGGCCCCGAAAAAAGGAAGACAAUGUCCCGGCUGAGAACCAUCAAAAAAGUCUUGGAGAAGUAGACAAAGCUGAUGUGGAUGUGUUAAUCAAAGCUAAAUCCCAGUGAAGACAGAGCAGAGCACUGCUAUACACAGGAUAGGGCAACAAAAUUACAUGCUGCUAACAUUCUCAAGCUUUGGAGAUCACCAAAUGCCAAUAUUUACGUCUAAUCCAUGGCUAGCCACGAUAGCUGAAAUUCUAAUUGAUUGUUUUGAUUCUACUUUUAUUCAUGUAAGGCCUCUUUUAAUUAUUCCAUUUCUGUUGUUUAUUCUUUUUAAAGUAUGUUAUUGCAUAAUUUAUAAAAGAAUAAAAUUGCACUUUGUAACCUCUCUUCCAUCGUACACUGCAAAAUAAAAAUUUAAUGAUCAUAAUUUUAAA